AAUUAUUUGAAUUCUGUAGAAUACUAUGAUACAAAGUCAAAAGUAUGGACGGAGAUUAUUAUACCAAUGCCCACUGCUCGAUACAGAGAUAACAAGACUUAUAGUCAUAUUACAAUUAAACAUGAAAUCGACCAAAUUGAUGAUCAUGUGUUUGAAACUGUGAUUUAAGUGGAAGAACCUUUGAUUCUGCAGUCAAAUGACAAAUUGAUGGACGAAAGAGAGUCGGUCAGAUGCAGUGUGUGUUCAAAACAAUUUUCAUCUAAACGAAAACUGAACCACCAUAUUACACAAUCACACAAUGGUCGUUCUAAAACCGAGGAAUGUUUAAUUAAAAAAGAAUUUGAUGAAAAUACUUCAGCUAUUAGCUGCAAUAACGACGAUUUGAAUGUCAAAAUUGAAAAAGAAUGGGCAAUUUACCUCCAUGCUGCGGUGUACCUCCACCUGUGACAAUUACUUGUUAUCACACAAACACACUAUCACAAAUCUGUCUAGAAAAUGUUUGCAUUGUCCUGCAGUUUGCGUUAAUAAACGUACAUUAAAUACAAAUUUUGUUUUUAGUUUGGAAGCGGUAUAAAAUGUUGAAAAUUAAACUUGAAAAUGAUGAAACAGAACAACACUCCUUUGAAGUCAUUGCACCCAAACCGUUAAAUGUGCAGUUCAAAAACAAUGAAGUUUCUACUAUAGAGGAGUGUAUAGUAAAGAAUGAAGUCAACAAUACUUAUGAAGUUUGGAAGCGGUAUAAAAUGUUGAAAAUUAAACUUGAAAAUGAUGAAACAGAACAACACUCCUUUGAAGUCAUUGCACCCAAACCGUUAAAUGUGCAGUUCAAAAACAAUGAAAUUUCUACAACAGAGGAGUAUUUGAUAAAGAAUAAGGUCGACAAUACUUAUGUCUGCAAUAACGACGAUUUGAAUGUCAAAUUUGAAAAAGAAUGCUUCAAUGAUUGUGUUUUCGAAUCAGAUAUUGAAAUCGUAAGGCAUGAACUGUUUGAUGCUGAAAAAGAGCUAACACCGUUGUAUGACUGCAAUUACUGCCAAAAAUCGUUUAAGACAAAACGACGAAUUAAAAACCAUAUUUUAAGUAUUCAUUAUCCUUGUAACGAGAUCGACACUUCAAAUUUUACAAACUAUUUGGAUUACUAUACUCGAAACAAAGAUGUCCUAUUUAAUUGUGGUAUUUGUUUAAAAAGUUUUACAUCAAAAUUAUCCCUGAGAAGACAUUGGCGGAUUCAUACUGACGAAAAGCCCUUUAAGUGCGAUGUCUGUGCAAAGACAUUCUGUCAACAAUCUACCCUCAAAACUCAUGCACGUAUACAUACCGGAGAGAAACCUUUUAGAUGCAAUUUCUGUGAAAAAUGUUUUAAUACACAAUCUUACCUCAAAACUCAUAAAAGGAUGCAUACCGGAGAGAAACCUUUUAAAUGCAAUGUGUGUGAAAGAAAAUUCAGUCAACAGUCUUCUCUCAAGACUCAUGAGAGAACACAUACCGGAGAAACACUUUUUAGAUGCGAUGUCUGUGAAAAAAAAUUCAGUCAAAAAUCUAAUCUCAAAAAUCAUGAAAGGAUACAUACCGGAGAGAAACCUUACAAAUGCGAUGUCUGUGCAAAGACAUUCUGUCAUCCAUCUAACCUCAAAACUCAUGAACGCAUACAUAUUGGUGGGGUACGAUAUGAAUGCUCCGUCUGUAAAAAAUCGUAUAGUUGCCAAUAUCAUCUUAAAAGGCAUCAAGCAAAAGCACACGACGAUUUCGAUGAAGGUAAAUUUACAACAAGCUUUGAAACCGGAGUUGGAGUUUGGAAGCGUUAUAAAAUGUUGAAAAUUAAACUUGAAAAUGAUGAAACAGAACAACACUCCUUUGAAGUCAUUGCACCCAAACCGUUAAAUGUGCAGUUCAAAAACAAUGAAAUUUCUACAACAGAGGAGUAUUUGAUAAAGAAUAAGGUCGACAAUACUUAUGUCUGCAAUAACGACGAUUUGAAUGUCAAAUUUGAAAAAGAAUGCUUCAAUGAUUGUGUUUUCGAAUCAGAUAUUGAAAUCGUAAGGCAUGAACUGUUUGAUGCUGAAAAAGAGCUAACACCGUUGUAUGACUGCAAUUACUGCCAAAAAUCGUUUAAGACAAAACGACGAAUUAAAAACCAUAUUUUAAGUAUUCAUUAUCCUUGUAACGAGAUCGACACUUCAAAUUUUACAAACUAUUUGGAUUACUAUACUCGAAACAAAGAUGUCCUAUUUAAUUGUGGUAUUUGUUUAAAAAGUUUUACAUCAAAAUUAUCCCUGAGAAGACAUUGGCGGAUUCAUACUGACGAAAAGCCCUUUAAGUGCGAUGUCUGUGCAAAGACAUUCUGUCAACAAUCUACCCUCAAAACUCAUGCACGUAUACAUACCGGAGAGAAACCUUUUAGAUGCAAUUUCUGUGAAAAAUGUUUUAAUACACAAUCUUACCUCAAAACUCAUAAAAGGAUGCAUACCGGAGAGAAACCUUUUAAAUGCAAUGUGUGUGAAAGAAAAUUCAGUCAACAGUCUUCUCUCAAGACUCAUGAGAGAACACAUACCGGAGAAACACUUUUUAGAUGCAAUGUCUGUGAAAAAAAAUUCAGUCAAAAAUCUAAUCUCAAAAAACAUGAAAGGAUACAUACCGGUGAGAAACCAUUUAGAUGCGAUUUCUGUGCAAAGACAUUCUGUCAACAAUGUGAUCUCAAGAAACAUGAAAGGAUACAUACCGGUGAGAAACCAUUUAGAUGCGAUUUCUGUGCAAAGACAUUCUGUCAACAAUCUACCCUCAAAACUCAUGCACGUAUACAUACCGGAGAGAAACCUUUUAGAUGCAAUUUCUGUGAAAAAUGUUUUAAUACACAAUCUUACCUCAAAACUCAUAAAAGGAUGCAUACCGGAGAGAAACCUUUUAAAUGCAAUGUGUGUGAAAGAAAAUUCAGUCAACAGUCUUCUCUCAAGACUCAUGAGAGAACACAUACCGGAGAAACACUUUUUAGAUGCGAUGUCUGUGAAAAAAAAUUCAGUCAAAAAUCUAAUCUCAAAAAUCAUGAAAGGAUACAUACCGGAGAGAAACCUUACAAAUGCGAUGUCUGUGCAAAGACAUUCUGUCAUCCAUCUAACCUCAAAACUCAUAAAAGGAUACAUACCGGCGAGAAACUUUUUAGAUGUAAUUUCUGUGAAAAAUGUUUUAAUAAACAAUCUUACCUCAAAACUCAUAAAAGGACACAUACUGGCGAGAAACCUUUUAGAUGCAAUGUGUGUGAAAGAACAUUCAGCCAACAGUCUUCUCUCAAGACUCAUGAGAGAACACAUACCGGAGAAACACUUUUUAGAUGCAAUGUCUGUGAAAAAAAAUUCAGUCAAAAAUCUAAUCUCAAAAAACAUGAAAGGAUACAUACCGGUGAGAAACCAUUUAGAUGCGAUUUCUGUGCAAAGACAUUCUGUCAACAAUGUGAUCUCAAGAAACAUAAAAGGACACAUACUGGCGAGAAACCUUUUAGAUGCAAUGUGUGUGAAAGAACAUUCAGCCAACAGUCUUCUCUUAAGACUCAUAAAAGGAUACAUACUGAAGAGAAACCUUUUAGAUGCAAUGUGUGUGAAAGAACAUUCAGCCAACAGUCUUCUCUUAAGACUCAUAAAAGGAUACAUA